GAAACCCCUCGCUGCCCAACCGGAGGCGCCGCCGACACAGCCCCCGCGCCGCCGCCGCAGCCGCUGAUGGAGAUGGCCGGCCCCGUCUCCUCAGCGCCCCGGACCGUCGAGGACAUCUACAAGGACUACACCGGCCGCCGCGCCGGCCUCGUCCGCGCUCUCACCUCCGAUGUGGACGAGUUCUACAGCAUGUGCGACCCAGAGAAGGAGAACCUGUGCCUGUACGGUCACCCGAACGGCGGCUGGGAGGUGUCCCUGCCGGUGGAGGAAGUGCCGCCGGAGAUGCCCGAGCCGGCGCUCGGGAUCAACUUCGCCAGGGACGGCAUGAAGCGCCGCGACUGGCUCUCGCUCGUCGCCGUGCACUCCGACGCCUGGGUCGUCUCCGUCGCAUUCUUCUUCGCCGCCAAACUCAACGCCAACGAGAGGAAGCGCUUAUUCAACAUGAUUAAUGAACAUCCAUCUGUGUAUGAAACAAUGACUGAACGGAAGGGAAGGGAGAAUAAGCCUGGUGUUGAUAACAGCAGCAAAUCUAGGCACUCAACAAAGCGAUCAAAUGAUGGCAAGACAAAGAACUCAAGAGUGGCAGUUGUCGAAGAUGGGUAUGGGGAUGAUGAUGAACACAGUGAAACCCUUUGCGGGUCCUGCAGUGGUCUCUACAACUCAAGCGAGUUCUGGAUUGGAUGCGACAUUUGCGAGCGGUGGUUCCACGGCAAAUGCGUGAGGAUAACUCCAGCGAAAGCGGAACAGAUAAAGCACUACAAGUGUCCUGAUUGCAGCUACAAGAAAAGCGGCAGGCAAUAAAAACCGUGAGGCUGCUGCUGGCCUCCUAUUGCUGACUCAGCUGAUCAACCAAACCAUACUCUCUCUCCAAGUUGGCCGUAGAUGUUAAUUACCCUAGGCAUUUCUUCUUUGUUGUGGUAGAUGCUGGAAAAAAGACAUAUACAGGAUAGUUGAUCUUACAGACUGGUCCAUUGCUUUUGUGCUUGUUUCAUUGACACCUGUUUACUGGCCAUGUCUUGGAAUGUCAUUUGUUGAUACAUGCCUUGUUUAGUUUCAAAAAAUUUUCAAGAUUUCUCGUCA